GUUCGCUUGUUCGAGGGUCUGUUUCUCGAGCUUAAAGAGCUCGAAAAUCAGCUUAUUUUCAAGCCGUUGGUUGUUACCGGACGAUCUCUCGGGGGAUGCAUCGCCAUUCUUUUUACGCUAUGGCUGCAACACGCCAUAGAUGAGAAAGAAGACGACGGCUUCAAGGAUACGAAAAGACCAAUUUGCAUAACUUUCGGUUGCCCGCUUGUUGGGAACCAAGAUCUCCGAAAGGCGAUCUCCGAACGCCCACAAUGGAAAUCUCGAUUCUUGAAUGUGGUCGCACAGACUGAUCCUGUUGCUCGCUUUUACUCAUCAAAUAGUCUUUACAAGCCUUUCGGUACCUCCCUCUUUUGCACGGAAUCAGGCGGGCACAUGGUUUUUGAAGAUCAAGAAUCGGUCCCGGCUGCUCUAGAUGCUAUGGCGUCAUCUAUAACCGAAAAUACAGAAAUCGAUUACGGGAACCAUUUGAAGUCAAUCCGAAGGAAGGUAUUGUAUCGCGGGGUUUCCAAAUUGGGUGAAUUCGGGUUGGAUUCGUUGAGGGCAGGUAUCACAUUGCAGUUCAGUGAAGUUGGUCAUGUGCUAGAUGAUAAUUGCAAUGAUCUGAUUGGGAGAAUGGAGGAGGAACAAAGACUAGCAAAGAGGAAAUCGAAUUUGCGUUACGAUCGUACCAAGUCCAAGAAGCUAAACAAAGCGAAGACAAGCAUGGUAUGCAUGGAAUUAUACAUGAAGAACGAAAGAUCGAAAGGGGGUUACUACGAUAGAUUCAAAACCCCCGUAAAAAGCAAAUCCGAAAUCGAGUCAUAUCAAGAAAUCGUGAAGAAUAAACGGAUCCUGGACCAGUAUUGGAAGGAGACGGUUGCCGAAAACAAUCUAAUGCCGCAAAAUAAAGGCGCUAAGUUGCGCAACUGUUUGCUGUACGGUGGAAACACGUACAGAAAGAUCGUCGAGCCACUAGACAUCGCCGAACACUACAAAUUAAACGGUGAAUACUACAAAAAUGGAGAGAAACACUAUCUAGAAAUCAGGUCUCAACAUUACCAGUUGUUGGAGAAGUGGCUGAAUGAAGAUAAGAAGGGUCUGAAUCCAAGUGAAAGAAGCAAUAAAGCAGCAAGUCUUAACGAUGAUUCUUGCUUCUGGGCACAUGUGGAGGAGGCUUCCGUUUUGUUGUCGGAGUUGAAGAAUGGAGGGUCUACGGACGUCCGUGGCCAGAAAUUAGAGCAGUUUGAGACUUAUGUGAUGAGUGCAAUCAAGAAUUACUCCUUGUCUCCAGAUGUUUUCAUCAAGGGAAGCAGCUUAAUGAAGUGGUGGAAUGAGUAUAAACAGCACAAGGGAAGCUUAUAUGCUUCUGAGUUUGCUCAGUUUAUGAACAACGAAAGCUACAGAUCAUAUACUUAAGUAAUAUGAUCGUAUUAAAAUCACAUGUGAUUCACGCGACUUGAUGUCGUCUGCACACCUUGUAUUGAC